AUGUCUCUUCCAGAAAAUGAAGAACAGUUAUUUGAUUUGCUUCAUAGAGAAAAAAGUCACCCUGCGAUGAAGAUGGCUGAUACUGCAAUGAGAAUGAAAAGAUCACCAAAUCAAGUGUUCAUGUUGCUUGUUGGUUUGAGUGGCUCUGGUAAAAGCUCAACUGUCAAUUAUCUAUUCGAUAAAAAUAUUGCUAAAACAGGUGAUAGCAAGUCAGUUACUCACUCAACAACUGAAUACAUAUUAAAGCUGGUAUCAAGUGAAUGGAGAAUUCCUGAUCUAAAAUUUUCCAUAAUAGAUACCCCCGGAUUCGGUGAUACCGAAGGUCUUAUGCAGGAUGCCAGAAAUAUAAUGUCAAUAAAACAGUUUUUUAAAUCACAUCCAAACAUAAGAAAAAACAGUUAUCCAAACUUGGUGAUGAUAAUACAGAAUAUUAUGGACAACCGAAUAGAAGGAGAAAGCUCUAAUUUUGCAAAAAUGUUGAAAGGUUUAAGCAAAGUCGAUGUUAUAGACAGCUACAAUCCAAAUGUUGUUAUAGUUCUUACACAUGCUACUUCAAUUGCCCGGAAUCCAAAACGCUGGGAGGAAAGAGUACAAAAGAAGAAAGAAGAAGUUAAGGCUCUUGUACGGAUUUUUUUAGGGGUUAAUCCUGAAAUCGUAGUACAAGAAAACUUACCACAAGAUAACGAUUUAGAACGUGAGGGCGACUGGUUUAUUUUACCUAAUGGGGAAAAGCAACCAAAAAUCCUCUAUCAAGCAUGUGAAAGUAUUCUGAAUCGAAUAAGCGACGAAAUAGGACACGAAGCCUUGGCAGUGGCUUUUAGACCUGGCAGUGACAAGAGUGUAGAGGAGGGAUAUAGCGUGUCGUCCUCAGAGAUUCCAAUGGACGAUGUCAAUGUUAUGCAUUUAGUUUUGCUCGAAUCGAUAGUUAAGGUUCAUACUUCAGAGGUAGGUAAAAUGUUAGAAAAAUACAAAGAACAGAAGCAGAUGAAAUCUCUUGAUAACGAUAUAUUGAUCCUUCAGGUAAGAUUUCGUGAUCUUAAUAUUUUUAAAACGAGCGAUCUACAAAGCAUGUCAAUGAACAAAUUGAUGACCAAAAUGUAUCCUGGUAGAAUUACAAUAGAGAUGCAAAAAGUCUUAGAAGAAGUUUUUGGUUUGAAUUAUGAACAAGUUACUGGGUUAGACCUCCAUGUUGGGAAAGGUUACAAUAUUUUGAAAGACUCCACAACUUUUAUGUCGCCACUGGCGAUGGAAGAGAGCAGUAAUCAGUAUGGAAUGCCCACCAAUGUAAAGUUGAAAGACUGUUCCUCAUUUGAAGUUAAAUUUGAAUCAGUUGAAGAUACCAAGGAAUAUGUAAUUAAAAGAUUACGAGAUUUAAAAAUACAUGUGGAUGGACCCAUCAACUUUAAUGCCUUUCAAAUGAACUUUCGAAAUGGUUACAAUAUAGGCAGUUCAAAAAUUCAAUCAUUCAACGUAGAACAAAGAAUUCGGCAAGUUGUAGUUCAGAAACCAUUUCAGAUGAAUGAAGAAUUUAUAACUGAGUUAAAUGAUCUUCCCUCAAAUGAUAACCCCAAAGAUAAAAUUGUUGUGAGAAAGUGGGAAGCAUUCUUUGAAAAAUGGGGAAUGUAUGUCGUGGUUGGUCAAUACAUAGGUGGAUCUGUAACAUGUCACGUUAAUGUAGAAAAAGAACAGUCUGUCGAGGACGUACAACUUGCGUUGGCAACACAAUUUUCUUUUCUUCAGGGAUAUGCAGAGUAUGAUUUUUCUAAGUUAGACACUCACAGAAAUAUUAAGAAAGGAAUAUCAUCCAUUCAUAGAACAUCUUUAAAAUGGGAAGGCGGAAACAAAGAAACACACAAGACAUCUUUAAAACAUAUAGAUCGAAGUGAUUGGAAAGCAUGGGUAGAAUCCUUGGAGUAUUCCCCUGUUCCUUUAUCGACCUCACUAGAGCUUUAUCCUUUGUACCUUAUCGCAGCUAAGGUAAACCAGGAAAAAAGUAGAUACAUGCAAAAUGUUGUGAAUUCAGUUGUGAGAGGAGAAUUUAGUUAUCAGCCCCCAGAAGCAGACAACCGGGCUACUACUGCUAAAUCAAAUAAAGCAGGAUAUUGUUUUCAUGAAGAUUCUGUUGUACUGUUACAGAAUGGAAAGAUGAAACGCAUAAAAAAACUGGUAGUAGGUGAUAAGGUUAUGACAUUAGACACCAAAGGAAAUCUUGUAGAAGACGAACUGAUUGCAUGGUUACAUCGAUUAAGGAUGGGUCGAUUUACAUUUUUAAAAAUUAAUCAUGACCUUGGCGAACUCGUAUUGACCCCUGAUCAUAUUUUAUUUGUUGGAAAAAACAGAAACCCGCAGUAUGCCUCCACUGUCAGUCCAGGAAAUAAACUUCAUUUUUUUAUGACCGCAAAUGACCGUCAGACGGUUAUUAUGACAACAGUAUUAUCAAUACAGGUAGUGAAUGGAACGGGAGUCUACGCUCCAUUGACAUAUACUGGCCGUCUUCUUGUUAACAACGUUGAUGUCAGUUGUUACAGCACCUUGAACCCACUAAAGGUCAUGGGGCAUGACUUAAUGUCAACACAUACACUUGCUCAUGUAGCUUUUCUACCGUUUAGGAUGGCUUACAUAUUUGGUUUGGACAUCAAUAAUGAUAAAUAUGAUGACGAAACUGGGAUUCAUGGUUACGCAAGAUGGUUAAUGAAGCUAAACUUGGCUUAAUUGUUUACAAUGAGAACUGGUAAAAUUUUGACUAGGCUAAGUGUAAUGUAGUGGCUUUCUUACAACAUGAUGGUCAAAGAACAACAACCAUGACUAUUUCUAAGUUAAUACAGGCUAAAUGUAGUAUGCCAUUACCUCCAUGUACAACACAUUUUAAAAACGAAUUUUGACGAAUCGUUGAACUAUGCACCAAUUUAUUUUAUCUUUUAGUUGCGCAUACGCAAGUUUGUGUUUAUUAUAGUUAUUGGUGGAGUUUAAAUUCCUUUUUAUAAAUGUACUUGACAGUUUUCAACUUAAACUUUAUUUGAGAUCUAAUCUACGCACUGAAUGAUAAGGUGAACUUUUUAAGAACGGGACAAAGGAACUUUCAAAAACUUAAAUUUUGCUAUGCCAGACGUGCAUUUGUCUGACUAAGACUCAUCAACGAUGCUCGAAUAAACAUAGUUGGAAAGCCACAUCGAAUAGGAUGUGGAGGAAUUUUGUAAAUUGAUAAUGUAUUUUACGUUACUGAACCAAAUUGCAUCCAUUUUGCAAAGAAGCAGCAAAAUCCUUGGAUGAUUUCUAAGAGACUGAAUAAUUUGUAUUUUUUAUAAUUUACCUUUAUGCACAGUUUUUAACAUUGUUAAAUGUAUCUUUAUAUGCCUAUACCACACGGUCAAAUUGUACAUCAACGGAUGAAGUAUCCCGAGAAAAAAGUUCAAUGUAUGGAAUGUAUAUGAAUGCUUGUCGUAUUUCAUAGUAUUAAACUGUUCACAAAAAGUCAACUUCUAAAAAUGAGCAGAUGAAUAAUUCAGAGACAUUGAUUUCUUGCAAAAUAAAUAAUAAGCAUGAACAAAUGUCAAAUAGUUUUAAAAUGUUGAAACACAUGCAAUUUAUCAACUUAUCAUUAAAGAAUCUGUAGUCGUUUUGAGGUCGGUUCAAAUCCAUUCUACUAUUCAGUAUGGAUUCAAAAUUAGAAAUGUUGAACUAUAUAGUAAUUAAUCAAACCAACACUUAAAUAAACUUAGAGUUUGGGUCUAGUUAGUGAAU